AUGGCAAUUACUCGUUGAUUAUUCUCAACAAAUCACAAAGACAUUGGCACCCUUUACUUAGUUUUUGGUGCUUGAGCAGGGCUCGUCGGAACCGCUCUUAGCUUAUUAAUUCGAGCUGAACUUAGCCAGCCCGGAACACUACUUGGAGAUGACCAAAUUUAUAAUGUUAUCGUUACAGCACAUGCUUUUAUUAUAAUUUUCUUCAUAGUGAUGCCUAUUAUAAUCGGUGGAUUUGGGAACUGAUUAGUUCCAUUAAUAAUUGGAGCCCCAGAUAUAGCAUUUCCGCGAAUAAAUAAUAUAAGCUUUUGACUUCUUCCCCCAUCAUUUCUUUUAUUACUAGCAUCAUCUGGGGUUGAAGCAGGAGCCGGCACAGGUUGAACUGUGUACCCGCCUUUAGCUGGAAACCUAGCACAUGCUGGAGCAUCAGUUGACCUAACAAUUUUCUCCCUUCACUUAGCUGGUAUUUCAUCUAUUUUAGGAGCAAUUAACUUCAUCACAACAACAAUUAACAUAAAACCACCAGCUAUAUCUCAAUACCAAACCCCACUAUUUGUUUGAUCAGUAUUAAUCACAGCUGUACUUUUACUUCUUUCUCUUCCUGUCUUAGCCGCAGGAAUCACAAUGUUAUUAACAGAUCGUAAUCUGAAUACAACUUUCUUUGACCCUGCCGGAGGAGGUGACCCAGUACUUUACCAACACCUGUUCUGAUUCUUUGGGCACCCAGAAGUGUACAUUCUUAUCUUACCAGGGUUUGGCAUGAUCUCCCAUAUCGUAACUUAUUACUCAGGAAAAAAAGAACCUUUCGGCUAUAUAGGAAUAGUCUGGGCAAUAAUAUCAAUUGGACUUCUAGGCUUUAUUGUCUGAGCCCAUCACAUAUUUACGGUUGAUCUAAACGUAGAUACUCGAGCUUACUUCACAUCAGCAACAAUAAUCAUCGCAAUUCCUACAGGUGUUAAAGUAUUUAGCUGAUUAGCUACAAUACACGGUGGGACAAUUAAAUGAGACGCCCCAAUACUUUGAGCCUUAGGCUUCAUUUUCUUGUUUACUGUAGGAGGUUUAACAGGUAUUGUUCUUGCCAACUCAUCACUUGAUAUUAUACUACACGAUACCUACUAUGUAGUAGCCCAUUUCCAUUAUGUACUUUCUAUAGGAGCUGUAUUUGCGAUCAUGGGAGGGUUCAUUCACUGAUUCCCGUUAUUUACUGGUUAUACACUACAUGAAACAUGAGCAAAAAUCCAUUUUGGAGUAAUAUUUGCUGGUGUUAAUUUAACCUUCUUCCCUCAACAUUUUCUAGGCUUAAGCGCAAUACCUCGACGAUACUCUGACUACCCAGACGCUUAUACAUUAUGAAAUACCGUCUCAUCUAUCGGGUCCUUAAUUUCUCUUGUUGCCGUAAUUAUGAUAAUAUUCAUUAUCUGAGAAGCAUUUGCAGCUAAACGAGAAGUUACCACUUACGAAUUAACAUCAACCAUAUUGGAGUGACUUCAAGGCUGCCCCACUCCUUACCAUACCUUGAAGACCAGCCUCGUUCAAAUCAACCAUCAAAUAAUUAAAU